AAUCUUUGUUUACAAAAGCAGAUAAGUCGUUUUGAAAAUUUUGGCUUGCAUUGAUGUUUUUAUUUGUUUUGUGCAUCGCAUCCGAUCGGUGUGUUUGGAUAUCAAAGAUUUAUUUUUAAUGAAUAUUUGCAGUUAGAUUGCUACAAAAUGGACAACAUACCACCACAAGGCGAUCGAGAAAAAACGGAGAAGGUGAAAAUCGCUAAUCAAGUGAAGCACAUCCCCAAAGAUGCUCAAGUGAUCAUGUCUGUUCUUAAAGAGCUGGGUGUGAAUGAUUAUGAACCUAGAGUCAUCAAUCAGCUACUGGAGUUCACGUAUCGAUAUGUGACCUGCAUUUUGGACGAUGCAAAAGUAUUUGCGAAUCACGCUCGGAAAAAGGUUAUCGAACUUGAUGACGUUAAGCUAGCAACUCAAAUGAUUUUGGACAAGGCUUUCACCAGUCCACCACCUCGGGAUGUACUCCUAGAAAUAGCUCGUAAUCGAAAUAAUACGCCACUGCCGUUAAUAAAAACCCAUUGUGGACUUCGCUUGCCACCGGACCGUUAUUGCUUAUCGGCCUGUAAUUAUAAGCUUCGAGCAGUUCAACAAGCGAAAAAGAUGAACAAGUCCGCUAUCGAACCACGCUCCACAUUGAAAACAACUCUUGGUAAAAGCAACGCCAUAACGACGACACCCGGUGUUAAACGUCCGGCAGUUCAAUCAACUCCCAAAACACAGGUUGUGACGAUCCCCAAACCGGUUUUCAAAUUUACAUCUACUGUUACGAAGACUGCUUCCACAAAGACCGUCAAAGUCAGUAAUCCGGCCGGCGAAGGUCCGAAUGGUAUUGAAAUCAAAACCGAAGUCGUGGAUGAUCCGUUGGCUUUUGGCGCAAGCGAUACUGAUGCUGGGAGUAUGAAGCGCAAACGAGAAGAAGAUGAUUUUGAAAUAGUACAGUAGGUAUCUUUUUUUAGCUAGACCUUAAAGACUUCGUAAGCUUUCAUUGUGAGCAAAACAAUUAUAUUAAAUGUUUUUAAAAUAUAACAUAUGAAUUGUGGAAAAUAAAUUAGAAAUAGGAAAACUGA